AUGGGGAUAAAGCUGAAACCCAAAGAAAUACAACUUCUCCUUGAAAAACUUUACAAGAAAGCAAGCGAAGAAUCAGAAAGCGACAUCCCUGAAUGCAACUUAUACGGCGAGAAAGAGCCGUGGCAAAUAUGGGACGAGGCAAUAUUAGCAUCGGCAUGCAUGCAGGCUGGUGGUGCCGCCGCUGCCGCCACGUUAAUGAACCAAAAAGAAGUUUGCGUCUUCACAAAGGUGAAGAAGAAGACCCUCAACAGCUCAUGUAUCGACCGGACGGUGGGAACGGGCGCGUGGAAAGGGGAGGACACCGGCGUCCCGAUUUAUGGUAAUGCGACUACUAAUGAAGGAACUACUACGGAGCUUGUCGGAAUCAGAAAAAGGUUUCGAUAUGAGAGUAAGACGGUCCAUCACGGCCGUUGGAUCAUGUACGAGUAUGCCCUUCAACCCUCCACGCUUACCCAUGCAAAAGUAAAUAUUCAUUAA